AUGGCAGAGAAAGAGCAAUCGUCGGAACCACCGCCGUGUUUGAUGACAUCACUUCCCGAAUACGUCAUCGUCGACAUCUUAGCGCGUGUACCGAGAUGCAACUAUCCAACACUCUCCCUCGUUUCAAAACACUUCAGGUCUCUCGUUGCGUCCCGUGAGAUAUACGCGAGACGAUCUUUGUUAGGCUGUACGGAAAAUUGUGUCUAUGUUAUCCUCUGUAACAGGAAGAACCGUGUUGGUGGCCAGUUGUAUAUUCUCAGCCGGAAACCUAACGGCAAUCAACACUUGUUCCUUAUCCCCUCACUGCCCACUAUGCCUCGAUAUGGUAGCUACGUGGCGAUGGGCUCGAAGAUAUAUGUGUUCAACUCUGUGACAUCAUCAAGUGGGUUAAUCAUCGACUGUAUAUCUCACACAGCGCAACCCCUCCCCAGCAUGCCUGUGGUCAUGAAUGUUUCGAUUGCUAAAAUCAUCGACGGGAGAAUCUACGUGAUUGGGUAUAUUAUGGAUUUGGACUCGGAGGAGAAUGUGAAUUAUGUGAUGGUUGUGUUCAAUACAGAAACACAAACAUGGGAGCCCGAGACGAUAAAGAUUGACAUUGAGGUUGACAUGUGGUGUGAAUGUGUGGUGAUGAGUGGUAAGAUGUACUUUAGGGAUGGUGAGAAUAGCUUUAUUUACGAGCCAAAGGGAAGCAAACGGGACACAGACGAGAUGGUAAAUGCUAAAGAGUGGGAGGAUGCUUGCGUGGUUGAUGAUGUUUUGUACUAUUACGAUGUCGUGGAGAACGAGUUAAAAACGUAUGAUUCGGAGAAGAAGUGUUGGGGAGUGGUGAAUGGUGUUGAGGAGUUUUUGGCUACCCACACGGAGAGAGUUUGCGGGUGGUGGAAGACUGCGAGUUACGGUGGAAAACUUUUUUUGUUCCAUGAUGAAGACACUUACGUGGGAGUGACUUAUUUUGCGGAGAUUUCCUUGGAAAGAAACCAACAAAGGGAGAUUUGGGGUAAAGUUGAGUGGUGUGAUGAGGUUGAGAUUGCGGAGAGUGUUUAUAUUGUGAAAUGUCUAGCUGUUAUGGUUUGA